AUGGAAGGAAAUUCACAUGAAAUGGAUAUGGAUAUUGAUGAUACACCUAUCAAUCAACAGCAAUAUUAUCCGAAUCACUCAACAGCUGUUGUACAACAACAACAGCAGCAGCAGCAGCCACCACCUCCACCACCUCCACCAUCUUCACCUCCACCACCACCUCCACCUAUUACAUCAUCGUCAUCAACAGAAACACCUCCACCUCCACCACCUCCACAUCCACAUACACAUACACAUCCAUCUUUGAAUACUACUACACACCAACCAACAACAGCACAUCUAAUACAUCAUCCAUAUUACACAGCAUAUCCACCACCACCGACAUCUCCCACUACCUAUGAUUAUUAUAAAAAUCAACAACAACAACAACUUUUCUUUAGACAACAACAGCAACAACAGAAUGUUGCAACUGCUUCGGUAAAUGGUGGUGUGGUAUUAGCUAAUACCAAUGCUGCUGCUGCUGUUGCUGCGAAUACAACUACACAGUUGAUUGUCACUCAAGAGGUUUCAAAGAUCUGGGUUGGUAAUCUUCCGGUCGAUGUCAGCGAUGAAGAGAUCAGAAUCUACUUUUCACCGUAUGGUAAGAUCGAAUCGAUAAAGAUAGACGGUCGAUGUGCAUUCAUAAAGUAUACGGAGCACGACUUUGCUGACAACGCUAUCAAAGCGACCAACGGAACCUACUUCAAAGGCAAUCGUAUUAAAUGCAACUGGGCAAGCAUCAAAUCGUUUGCAAAGAUGCCUGGGCUCAUUGCAACUACGCCAUUGCCAACACCGAUUCCUCCACCUCCACCACCAUCUCCACCUUUAUCCUCAACGACAACAUCAGCAACAGCAACAGAGUCAACAACAACAACAACUUCAGUAUCAUCGACAACAACUACAUCACCAACAGCAACAGCAUCGACUUUAAAUACUUUAAACACUUCAAAUAAUACAACAACUUCACCAACAACAACAACAACAACAACAACAAGCUCACCUACAACUACAACAACAUCUUCUAAUAAUAAUAUUACUUCAACAUCAAUUCCUCCUCCUCCUCCACCACCUUCUUCUUCACCUCCAUCAACUCAUUCACAACAAUUUAGCAAUACAAAUACAGUUACAACACCACCAUCUUCAUCACCACCUGUAAGAAAUAGUCAUUUACCAACAUCCUCACCACCAAUGUCAAAUAUAGCGUCGUCCAACGGUAACAUUAGUAGACCAAUGUCAUCGAUCUACGAUAAUCAUCAUCAACAACAACAACAACCAUACUACUCAUCAUCCUAUCACACUCAUAAUGAUAAUAAUGAUUAUGAAUCAAAUGAUUUAAUUUAUAAGAAAAGUCAAACACUAUCAUAUCCACCAUUCGAUCAUAUGUUACCAGAGGAGAAUAUUCAAUUGAAUUAUAUAUUAGAUCACUUGACAUCCACCUAUAAAUCGAUUAGAGAAGCAAAAGAUUGGGUGCUUUUACAUUUCAGAUGCGGAAAAUCAAUCAUGUCCAUUAUAUUACAAUGUUUCCAAGAUACAAGAACCAAUUCAUAUCUUAGACUUUCUUUAUUAUAUUUAUUACAUGAUUUAUUAUGUUUUGGUUUAAUAAGAAGAAGACAAAUAGAUCAACAAGAUGCAGUUUCAGAUUUAAUAGAACCAUAUCUAAUAGCUAUUUUCAAAUCGAUACAAGAUCAAACCAAUAUAAUACAACAAACUCAAUUAAUUUUAGAACUCUGGGAAUCAAAAAGAAUCUACCCAUCAAGAUUAAUUCAAUCUUUAAAAGCAACUUUAACAUAA